AGCACAUGUACCGUAACUGCACGAAUAGAAUAAACUGCAACAUAAUCUAAACGGCAACUAGCUUUACCGCAGUCAGUUAGUGCUGCGCGUGAGCGGAAGAACAACACUGGACAACCAACGCCAUCACCUGCAGGUAAGACGAAGGAUUUGUUAAAUUCCCCUAAACUAACAGCAACAUGGAGGAGGAAGGGGCCCCUGGAGGUGUCGAGGUGGCGACUCCCUUCGCUGCAGAGACCUAUGCUGCUGAGGCCAUGGCUGCAGACAUGGACCCGUGGAUUGUGUUUGACUCGAGAAGAACUCCCAGAUCCGAGUUCGAUGCCUGGCUGAAGACCAACGGGCCCUCCCAAGUGGACAGAUUUGGCAAUGAAGAAGGUGGAGUCAGCCCUGUGGGGUGGAUAGCUGUGCUGGGCCUGAACCACUGCCCCAGCGUUGGGGAUGUCACUGGUCUGCAGGAGAGCUGGGAGAAACUUUUGGCCAGCGGCCGGCCAGCCAGCUUCCAGACAGUGAAGGAGCUGGCCCUCAACCACGGAGUGCUCACAGGCAAAUGGCUGAUGCACUUGGACACUGGUUUCAAGUUGGACAAUGCCUGGGAGUGUGUGGCGAGAGCGGCCCUGGAUGGCAAGAUCUCCCUAGUUAAAGUCAGUCCGCAUAACCCCAAGGGAGAGGGCAAGCAGGUCAUUUGUGCCUAUAACGAGAACUUCACUGACGAAAGCGAGGUCUUGAGGCUAGACUCUGUCAUCCGUGCCGCAGGGGUCAAGUGCUCUCUCACCUACAAGCCAGAUGUGUACACAUAUCUGGGAAUCUACAGAAACAACCGCUGGAAACUCUGUCCGACCAUAUACGAGAGCAAAUUUGACCUGGAGUGUGUGCCCCGCCGUUCACACAUUAUCAACAGAGUCACCAAUCUUGAAGUAACAUAAGUCUGUCAGAAGAAGAGGGUAGUUUUGUAGGAUGAAGAAGCACUUCUUGAUCCCACGAGCCGACAAAUGCUUUUGAAUGUCAGUCGCUGAAUUUUGAUCUCAAGUUCUUCCUUUUGGCAAAAAAUAAUCUAAUUUAUACAUGUGUUUUCAUGCUGUUAUAUUUCCAAAGUGACCAGAACGGUUGUCACAUAUUUUGUUAUGAUUAUAAUGUGUUCAUAAGUAAGAAAAUGUAUGUUCUUCAUGUUGUAACACACUAACACUGAUGGACAGGGUGAAAAAGCAUUUGUUUUUUGCUUUUACAAUAUGCAUUUGUCUAAUCUUUUGGGCUUUAUUUUUUCAUUAGUACUGAACCACGAUAACAGAGUUGCCAAAUAAAGUCUACGUUUGAAGACAA